AUGAGCAGAACAGUCGAAAACUUGCCUUGGAUUGAGAAGUAUAGGCCUGAGACCUUGGACGAUGUUUAUGGACAAAGAGAGAUCGUUGGGACUGUACGUAAAUUUGUCAAAGAGGGUAGGUUGCCACAUCUCUUGUUCUAUGGACCGCCAGGCACGGGUAAAACGUCGAUGAUUAUAGCAUUAGCUCGAGAGAUAUACGGCAAAAACUACAGGAACAUGGUACUGGAGCUGAAUGCCUCCGACGAUAGAGGUAUCGACGUGGUGAGAAACCAGAUCAAAGAAUUUGCGUCUACUCGCCAGAUCUUUUCCAAAGGCUUUAAACUCAUCAUCCUUGAUGAAGCAGACGCAAUGACUAAUGCGGCUCAGAAUGCUUUGAGGAGAAUCAUUGAGAAAUAUACCAAGAACACCAGAUUUUGUAUUCUGGCCAAUUACGCGCAUAAACUAACACCAGCGCUAUUGAGUAGAUGCACCAGGUUCAGAUUCCAACCAUUACCCAUUGAUGCUAUCGAAAAGCGUGUAAAUAAAGUGUUGAUCAUGGAGAAUCUUAAGUUGACCCCUGAGGCGAUAAAUGCUUUGUUGAAGCUUGCCAAUGGUGAUAUGAGACGAGCUUUAAAUGUCUUGCAGGCAAGCAAAGCCACACUAGAUGCGCCAGAUACUGAACAGGUAACGGAAGAUACUAUCUAUGAGUGCGUAGGAGCACCUCACCCUCAAGACAUCGAAACUGCUCUCGAAUCGAUGUUGAAAGAUGAUUGGGGCACGGCAUUCUUCACCGUAAAUAAGAUCCGCACAAGCAAAGGUUUGGCCCUUAUAGAUAUGAUUGAGGGAAUUGUUGAAUUGCUGGGUGACUACGAAUUGAAGACUCAAACGCGGACAGAACUACUAAGCAAAUUAUCGGACAUCGAAUAUGCGAUGUCCAAGGGAGGUAACGAUAGAAUCCAAAGUAGUGCUGUUAUUGGCGUAAUAAAGUCUAGCUUUGAAUUAGAGGCAUAA